AUGUUCUCGUGGAAGGGACAGCCGUACCGCCAUCAUCAUCAUAAUAAUCAUAAUCAUAAUCAUCAACCGCAACAACAGCAACAUGAUACUGCUCCUUCUGAAUCAUUGAAAGCUGCUCAAGUUAUAUUUCAAAGACAUCAGGAAAUUGAUUCAAAUACUACUAGCAAUAAUAACAUCAAUAGUGGUUCUACGUCUUCUUUAAAUUCUGCAUCCUCUGCACCAGCACAAAUAGCAACACCGACAGUAACUGCUGCAACUGCUGCCUCAAAUCGUUCCACAUUAAGUAACAGAAAUCUAAAUGAACAACAUACCACUACUACGAAACAUUUAAGAAGACCAAUUAACAUUCCCCUUUCGUCAGAAUUAAGAAAACAAAGAAGUAAAUCACCAAGACCAAACAAUGUCAAUACUAGUACUAGUGCAACAGCAUUAGAACCAAAAAGACAAAGAAGUAAAUCACCAAAUCCAGAAGCUGCCAUCACGGCGGCUGCAUUGGCUCAUUCUCAAGCACAAGCACAUUUGGAAGCACAGGCUCAAGCGCAGGCCCAAGCUCAAGCACAGGCCAGAUUACAAGCUCAGAUUUAUGCACAUAAAACUUCAUACACCCCAAUUUCAAUGUUGUCUAAUGGUUCCACAACCUCUGAUUUUAAUUAUAAUAAUGGUAAUAUGGGGAAACAUCCCAUACAAGACUCUGUUUCUGCAUAUUCUCAUUCGUUAACACCAAGUACAACUGAACAGCUAUUGUUAUUAAGACCAAAACCCAAGACAAUACAAAUAUCAACUAAAAACAAAUCUCAAGAAAGUAUUGAAUUUACCAAUAAAAAUAUAGGAAAUAAUACAAAUAAUGCUAAUCAACGUAACAUAAAUCAUGCACCUAGUCCAUUAUCUAAUAGAGUUUUACAAAAAAUAUCAUCUGCAAAUUCUGCUACUUCAACGAAUAAUAAUAAUAACAGUAAUAACAUUCCUUAUACAAAUGCAUCAUUAAAUGAAGUGAACAAAAUACAAAGAGCAAUUCCCUCUCGUAAACCACCACCACCUUCACUUGUUCCUAUUUAUUCAUCUUCACCAUUACAAGAUUCUCAAUAUGAAGAAUUCAUAAGAAAUGAUAAUAAUAAAACUCCAAACAUUGGUGAACCACAUACAAACAAUAAUCAAUUCCCAUAUACCAACAGUAAUAAUAAUUCAUCAUUCUCUUCAACAACAACGAUAUCUUCAUCAUCAUCAUCAUCAUCAUCAUCAUCAAUAUCUUCCACAAUGCACGAUUUCACAACACCAGAACAACAACAAGCUCAAUCUUUCAGUGAAUUAAGCAUACAUAGCCCGAAUGAUUCAACUAACAAUAGUUCAACAACAUUACCAGUAACAUAUUCAACAACAACAGCAACUAAUAAUAAUAAUAAUAAUAAUAAUAAUAACAUCAGUAUAAGUAGUAAUAUUCCACCGAAAAGGAAAUCAAAAGUGGAAAGAUUGAAAAAUAAAUUUUUUGGCACGAAAAUUCAUCAUCAUCACCAUCAUCAUAAUCCUCAUUAUUAUAAUAAUAAUAAUAAUAAUAAUAAUUUUAAUACUCAAUAUCCAACCAUAGAUUAUUAUAAUUCAUAUCCAUCAUCUACAUUAACGACACCAACAACAACAACAAUCAAUGCAAAUGAAAUUAUAUUAUCCCCAACACAACAACAACAACAACAACAGACAGUAAAACUACGAACAACUUUACGUAAAGAUCCAGAAAAUCAUGACGACCUUGUCUCAUCCUCAUUACCAUACACUAAUGAUCAAGCUAUCUUAGAGUCAAUAAACGAUUAUUUUGAAGAUCUUGACAGUGACACCACAGACGACUACGAUUCAGAUAUCAACAAUCUUGAUGACAAAAAGAAAAAGAAAAAGCAACAACACCAUCAAAGAAACAAGCAAACAAACAAGAAGAAGAGUAGAAGAGAAAGAUUGAAAAAUCAAUUGAAGAAAAAAACAAUCGCUCCAUAUAAUUAUUAUUAUAAUCAUGGGAAUAAUCUUAAGAGUAAGAAAAAAUUCAACGAGGAAAAACCAUGGAAAUCUCAUUGUGAUGUGGAUUUCCUCACUGAAAAUGAAAGAAAAAGAUAUGAAGCUAUGUGGGUUAGUAAUAGAUUUCGAUAUUUAAAUUUAUUACCUUGGUGGCCUAAUGAUUUCGAUUCAGAUGAAACUAUAGUAGUGGAAUUGCCUGAAGAUGGUUUGAUUUUGAAUUUGGUAGUUAAGGAUAUUUGGUCAAGAUCAAAUUUACCAUUUGAUUUGUUGGGUCAAAUUUUUGAGAAAGUUGAUACAAGGAAAGAUGGAACUUUGGAUAGAAAAUCAUUUAUCGUUGGAAUGUGGUUGGUGGAUCAAUGUUUGUAUGGGAGGAAAUUGCCUAAUGUCAUUGAUAAAAAAGUAUGGGAUAGUGCAGAUCGUUAUAUGGUCAAUGUAUUGAAUUCCACAAUACAUAAAGCUAAGAAGAAGCAAUUGAAAGAUGAAAUUAAAUACAUUAAGAGGGAAAAUAAGAAGAGAGAAGAACAAUUGCAAUCUCAACAAGAAAUUUCAAAAUGA